AGAUUCUUCCGGGUACCUGAUGCAGUCACUGAACUGAGUGAAAUAGAGGAACUUGUACUGAAGUAUAAUAAUCUGAUUGAAUUACCAGCAAGUGUCAGCGAGCUGAAAAAUCUCAUUGUGCUCAAGCUGGACUGUAAUAACCUAACAAAACUACCUGCUGAGAUUGGUGACCUCAGGGAGCUGAGAGGGCUGAGCGUGUGUAACAACCAGUUGGUUGGUUUACCUACCAGUAUACAGAGGCUGGCCAAGCUUCAAUGGCUGAACUUGGAUGCAAAUAAACUAACUGAACUACCCGCUGAGAUCGGUGACCUCAGGGAGCUGAGCGAGAUGUGGGUAAGUAACAACCAGUUGGUUGGUUUACCUACCAGUAUACACAGGCUGACCAAGCUUGAAAGGCUGGACGUGAGAGGAAAUAAACUAACUAAACUACCUGCUGGGAUCGGUGACCUCAGGGAGCUGAGCGAGAUGUGGGUGAGUAAUAACCAGUUGAUUGGGUUACCUACCAGUAUAAAGAGGCUAACCAAGCUUAAAUGGCUGUACUUGGAUGCAAAUAAACUAACUGAACUACCUGCUGAGGUUGGUGACGUGAAGUCGCUGAGGGAUUUGCGGGUUAGUAAGAACCAGUUGGUUGGUUUACCUUCCAGUAUACAGAGGCUGACCAAGCUUGAAGGGCUGCACUUGAGUGGAAAUAAACUAACUGAACUAUCUGCUGAGAUUGGUGACCUCAGGGACCUGAGGGUUCUGAGUGUGAGUUACAACCAGUUGGUUGGUUUACCUACCAGUAUACAGAGGCUGACCAAGCUUGAAGAGCUGUACUUGGAUGGAAAUAAACUGAAAGAACUACCUUCUGAGAUUGGUGACCUCAGUGACCUGAAGGAGCUGAGGGUGCUGAGCGUGAGUCAUAAUCCAUUAACUGUUGACUCAAUAAGGUGGGCCCUAAAGCUG